CCCGCCCUCCCUCCUAACUACAUACCGUACCUGCUGUCGCCUGUCAGCCUGCUUAAGUUUCGAUAUACCCAAACACACACCCGACAAUAUGUCUGGGGAGCAGCUUCACGGCAGCUUCAUGGCGACUCCGGCACCAUCUGCACACUCUCCGCCGCAGUCAGGCCCGACUGCUGCUGGCGGCCCUCCCAGCAACAUGACAGCUGCGGCGCAAGCGCAGAUGCACCCAUCGUUCCGGAGGCAGAGAGCCUCACGGGCCUGUGAAACCUGCCAUGCGCGCAAGGUACGAUGCGACGCCGCCAGCCUCGGGGUGCCCUGCACAAACUGCACUGCCUUCUCCAUCGAAUGCCGCAUCCCCGCCCCGAAGCGCAAGAAGACGCAAGCCGUCAAGGCCCAGGACUCACAGAGCGAGACUGGCGACAACGACGAACGCUCGCCGGCCCCCAGCACCACCAACAACACCUCCACCACUCCCAACCCUGAACCGCGGGACAAGACUACCGUCUACAAUUCCCCCGAUGGCACACCCUCGACUACGGUCUCUACUGCCUAUGCUGCCCAACAAGCCACCCACAAUGGCACCUAUGUGCAAUUCAUGAAGCCCAAGUUUGCACGCGCCCCCAUCAAGGAGGCCGGCCGCGUCGCAUAUUUGGGCGAGUCAUCAAACCUAUCGCUGCUCGUUCACGAUCGCUAUGGCGCCACGGAUACUGUUCACUACCCGCUGCCUGAGAAUGUGCGCGGUGCCAAAGCACGCGUCAACGAGCUGGACAACAUGGAGAUUGAGAUAUUACACCAGCGCGGAGCCUUCUUACUUCCUCCUCGAUCUUUAUGUGACGAGCUGGUGGAUGCGUUCUUUCGAUGGGUCGCUCCCGUUGUUCCUGUCAUCAAUCGGAGUCGAUUCAUGCGCCAAUACCGGGACCCAAAGAAUCCUCCGUCUCUCCUAUUGCUACAGGCGAUCCUCCUGGCCGGUUCCCGUGUAUGCACCAACUCACAACUGAUGGACUCGAGCGGCUCCACCACUCCCGCAGCAAUGACCUUCUACAAACGUGCAAAAGCUUUGUUCGAUGCCAACUACGAAGACGACCGGGUAACAAUCGUUCAGUCGCUCAUUCUAAUGGGCUGGUAUUGGGAAGGUCCGGAAGACGUUACCAAGAAUGUGUUCUACUGGAGUCGAGUAGGCAUCGUUGUAGCUCAGGGAUCCGGCAUGCACCGAAGCGUAGAGGGAUCACAGCUCAGCAAAUCCGAUAAACGGCUGUGGAAGCGAAUAUGGUGGACUCUCUUUUCCCGGGAUCGAUCGGUAGCGGUGGCUCUUGGUCGCCCAGUUGCCAUCAACCCAGAAGACUCCGAUGUUGAAAUGAUCACUGAGGAUGAUUUCAUCGAAGAUGAGCCUGAUCGGCCUGCUGAAUACGCUCCGGAUCCAGUCCACGUCCAUUUCUUUAUCAACUAUGUUAAACUAUGUGAGAUAAUGGGUCUAGUGUUGUCGCAGCAAUAUUCAGUGGCAUCCAAAUACCGACGGACGAAUGCCAUCGACCUUACACACAGCGAUAUGGCGCUUGCGGAUUGGUUGCAGAAUUGUCCCCCAGAAGUUCACUGGGAAACAUCCCGUCAUCACUUCUGGGCAGCAUUAUUACAUUCUAACUACUACACUACACUGUGUUUGCUACAUCGCGCGCACAUGCCACCUGCUGGUUCACCUAGAUUAAAUGGUGAUGGCAUCGAAGAGCAUGCUUACCCCUCGAGAACAAUUGCCUACCAGGCAGCAGCAAUGAUCACUUCCAUUGUUGAAAACCUUCGAGCUCAUGAUGAAUUGCGGUAUACGCCAGCUUUCAUUGUGUACAGUUUGUUUUCAGCGCUUAUCAUGCACGUCUAUCAGAUGCGCUCAUCCAAUAAGUCGAUAGUCUCAGCCACAGAGCAGCGGCUCCAGACAUGUAUGGAUGCGCUCAAGGAGGUCUCCAAGGUUUGGCUUGUUGCCAAAAUGGUACAUACGCUUUUUGAGUCUAUUCUCGGAAACAAACACCUUGAGGAACGCCUCCAGAAAGCAGCCGGCAAGCGCCACCAGAAGGCUAAGCCGAUGGCAGGACCUCCACCUCCGCCCAAACCUGCACAGGAAUCGCAGAAGCGAAAGUUUGACGAUAUGGAUUUUGGUCUUGCGCCCAACGUGAAUGGACCACCGGCCCCUCAAGUCUCGUACGAGCGUUCGCGCCCACAGACACCUGCUGUGACACCUUCUCGAGAUUUGGGAUCGCAAAUGCCUCCAAUGACUCACGGUUCACCGCAAAUGGCACGCCAAAACAACGAUACGUUCAUGGGACCUUCAAGGUCGGGUACCCGACCUACUACUCCGUUCAAUCCAUCCUAUUCAUAUCCAGGCACCCCUCCAGAUUUGUUCCUCGUAACGAGAAACUCGCCCAAUAUUUCGCAGGAACUAUGGCAGAACUUUCAGCCAGACCAGCUGUUCCCAGCUGAGUCGCAGUUGAAUAUUCCUCAAAUCUCCCCACUUCAGAGCCACAGCCUUGUGGAUCCUGCAUUGUCACGACCUCAGUCGCUGGCAAUGCACCCCAGCAACAAUGACAUGACGCCUCAAUCGAUGCCACAGCAACAAAUGCAGUCUAGCCAGGACAAUGCGUCCAUGUCAGGCUUUGACCAACACAACGCGGCAGGAUGGGCGCAGCAGAUCAAUCUGAUAGCGCAGAACCAACAAAAUGCUGCCAGCGAUGAUGCAUGGAGCAACAGCAGCAACGGGCCUCAUAAUCCGAUUGUGCCCACCACCCUCAACGUGGAAGACUGGUUUCACUUUUUUGGUAUCAAUGGCGGCGGCGAAGGCAUGGAUUUUCAAAACGGGCUUUUCCAGCAGAGAGGUCCACAGUGAGGGUAUAUCGU